AUUCUAAACCAAUAAUACAACGAAUUGAGAUCACAUGAUCAUACCGUAUAAAUACCGGAUGCCCGGAUGCCAGACAGAACGUAACGAAGGAAGAUUUAGUGAGAAGACGCCUUGUUAUUUUAUUGCGCACAUUUUAACUAACAACAAAGAACAAUGCAGAUCUUUGUGAAAACCCUGACUGGAAAAACCAUAACACUUGAGGUCGAGCCAUCUGACACUAUUGAAAAUGUCAAGGCCAAAAUUCAGGACAAAGAGGGAAUUCCCCCAGACCAGCAGAGAUUGAUCUUCGCUGGGAAGCAGUUAGAAGAUGGUCGCACACUGUCCGACUACAAUAUCCAGAAGGAAUCCACACUUCACUUGGUUCUGCGUUUGAGAGGAGGAAUGCAGAUCUUCGUCAAGACCCUCACAGGAAAAACCAUUACUCUUGAGGUGGAACCAUCCGACACAAUUGAAAAUGUCAAAGCUAAAAUCCAGGAUAAGGAGGGAAUUCCCCCAGACCAACAGAGAUUGAUCUUUGCCGGUAAACAGUUGGAAGAUGGCCGUACACUCUCUGACUACAAUAUUCAGAAGGAAUCCACACUCCACUUGGUUCUGCGUUUAAGAGGAGGAAUGCAAAUUUUCGUCAAGACCCUCACAGGAAAAACCAUUACAUUGGAAGUAGAACCCUCUGACACUAUUGAAAAUGUCAAAGCCAAAAUUCAGGACAAAGAAGGAAUUCCCCCAGACCAACAGAGAUUGAUCUUCGCAGGAAAACAGCUGGAAGAUGGCCGCACACUUUCUGACUACAAUAUCCAGAAAGAAUCAACUCUCCAUCUAGUACUUCGUCUUAGAGGAGGAAUGCAAAUCUUCGUCAAGACUCUAACUGGGAAAACCAUUACAUUGGAAGUAGAACCCUCUGACACUAUUGAAAAUGUGAAGGCCAAAAUUCAGGACAAAGAAGGAAUUCCCCCAGACCAGCAGAGAUUGAUCUUUGCUGGAAAACAGCUGGAAGAUGGCCGCACACUUUCCGACUACAAUAUCCAGAAAGAAUCGACUCUCCAUCUAGUACUUCGUCUUAGAGGAGGAAUGCAGAUCUUUGUCAAGACUCUCACAGGAAAAACCAUUACACUAGAGGUGGAACCCUCUGACACUAUCGAGAAUGUCAAAGCUAAAAUCCAAGACAAAGAAGGAAUUCCCCCAGACCAACAGAGAUUGAUCUUUGCCGGAAAACAGCUGGAAGAUGGCCGUACACUCUCUGACUACAAUAUUCAGAAGGAAUCCACACUUCACUUGGUUCUGCGUUUAAGAGGAGGAAUGCAAAUCUUUGUCAAGACUCUAACUGGGAAAACCAUUACAUUAGAAGUAGAACCCUCUGACACUAUUGAAAAUGUCAAGGCCAAAAUUCAGGACAAAGAAGGAAUCCCCCCAGACCAACAGAGAUUGAUCUUUGCCGGUAAACAGCUGGAAGAUGGCCGCACGCUGUCCGAUUACAAUAUCCAGAAGGAAUCCACACUUCACUUGGUUCUGCGUCUGAGAGGAGGAUUUUGAACUUGGAGUAUUUUAACUUGUAACAUAUUAAGUAAUAUUUAUAAAAAGACUUGAGAAAUGUUUUUAUCAAUGUUUAAUGCCAUCUGAAAAUUAUGCCUAUUAAAAGUUUACAACAUAAAA